GCGACAUAAGUGAAUGUAUUUGUAUACUUUUAAGGUGAUUUAUCAGAAGCGAUACAAAAUGAUUGUGAUUUGGAUGUACGUGUUUGCCUUGUUCAAGCUGACAUACUGCUCGGGUCAGUUCCGGUACGCAGUGCGGAAUGGUGUGUACGCCCCUACGUUCAACUACGAACAGGACAUGGACCUCGUGGGCAACAACACUCUCGUCUACUAUAUGAACAAGGCGUGUGACAUAUAUCCAGAAACGUUCACCAAUUAUGUUGCCAAGUAUUUCCCGGGGCUGGGCUACUCCAUCGAGUCCAUUAAUGGACAGACGGGCAACUGGCAUCAGGACAAGACCUACUGGCAGAUCAGGAAUGACUCGGGACCCUUGCCACUCGCUAUUCGGCUACAUACGUUCCAGCACUCGGCUACUUCAUUGACGCAAUAAACGGUGUGGCCGGCGACUGGGAUGCCGACAAGUCAUAUUGGAGGAUAUUGAACUUCAGUCAACCCCUUCCGUCGGU